CUGUCCACAGACUGUUAUACUCUCUGAAAGCACUCUGCUAGCAGCAGAGUAGCAGCAUGGAUUCUACUCACUCUGUCGCUCAGAAUUUGACGUAGUCAUCAUGUGUUGCAUUGCGAGUGGCGCGAAUGACACAUUGAAAUCUGAUUUGAGCAGUCAGAGAGUCCGAACUUAGAUGUGUGUAUAUAUAGAAAUCCAAUUGGAAUUGCAUUUCAGAACACCUUCAAAUGUGGUUUGGAUCUGAUUUGCAAAAGUUUCAUUUCAUGUGUUUUUUUUUUGCCGUGCAGACUUUCAAAAUCAAUCUGAAUACAAUCUAGAUAUGCCAAAAAUUUCCGUUUCACCAUGGCUUACUAGCAACACCAGUCAACAGUCAAAAUGACUGCUGUGUUAAAGAACAGUUUGAAAUGAAAUUUGUAUCAGAGUUUCUACACAUAAUAUUUUGUUACAUUGAUUGAAUUAUUUAUUGUUAACAAAUAGUGUGUGCAAAAAGUAAAUAAACAUUUCUUUAAUUUGGCAUUUUCAGGUUGCAGAAAAUUGUACUGUUUCUGCUUUCAGUCUCCAAAAGCUGAUUACGGAUCUUAAUUCAGAUUCAGAAGUCAGAUUUUACCUCAUAUAGACUCCUUGCUCUUUGAUUAAGCCAUCCCUAAAUUACUUUAUCAAAGAGGAAGGCAAAGAGCAAAGGCCAAGGAAUCUUUUGCCCAUCGAAAAGUUAGCAUGUGAAGUACACUGACCAUGCUCAAUUGUUAAUGGGACACACUGAAAAGUAAAGGUGCAAAGUUUCACUCUUGCAGCACUAUUUACCACAAGUGGUGAGGGCCAUAAGAGCUCUGGGUGUAACAUGAGAAACAAUUGGUCUCUGGAGUUAAUUUGACACUGGGAAAUCUAUGCGACACAAGUCUGAUAUCAGGCUACAUAAAUCAGAUGUGCAAGUUAAGAAGUAUUGCUCUGGAGCUGCAAAUUAGCAGCCCCCCCCGCCAUGGCAGCUGGUGUCAGCAUACUGAGUGACCUGCCUUACUCCAUGACUGGAGCCUGCAGUGGAGAGAUCAGCACAGACAUGGAGACAGCCAAUGCGAGGGUUCCCACAGCAAAGUACACCAAGAUGGGGGAGACCCUGAGGCACGUCAUCCCAGGUCACAUGCAGUGCUCCAUGGCCUGUGGAGGGAAAGCCUGUAAAUAUGAAAAUCCCUCUCGCUGGAGUACUGAGGAGCAAGCUAUUAAAGGACUCUACUCGUCCUGGAUUACUGACAGCUUGCUAGCUAUGGCAAGGCCUUCCACUGAAAUCAUAGAGAAAUAUAAUAUAAUUGAACAGUUUCAAGGGUGUGGUUUGAAGACUGUCAUUAACCUGCAGCGGCCUGGAGAACAUGCUAGCUGUGGUAACGCACUGGAGCAGGAGAGUGGUUUCACUUAUCGACCUGAGACUUUCAUGGAGGCAGGAAUCUAUUACUACAACUUUGGCUGGAAGGACUAUGGUGUGGCAUCUCUGACUACAAUCCUUGACAUGGUGAAAGUAAUGUCAUUUGCUGUCCAAGAGGGGAAAAUGGCAAUCCACUGCCAUGCUGGUCUUGGAAGAACAGGUGUGUUGUUGGCCUGUUACUUGGUCUUCACUUCACGGAUGAGUGCUGACCAAGCCAUACUGUUUGUGCGAGCCAAGAGACCCAACUCCAUCCAGACCAGAGGGCAACUGCUGUGUGUCAGGGAGUUUGCCCAGUUCCUGGUUCCUCUCCGAAGCGUCUUCUCCUGUGCAGAACCCAAAGCGAGUGCAGUAACCUUGUCCCAAUACCUCACUCGGCAGCGCCACCUGCUGCAUGGCUACGAGGCUCGGCAGAUGAAGAAUGUGCCAAAAAUUGUCCAGCUGGUCUGCAGGCUCCUCAUUGACAUCGCAGCUAACAGACAAGUAGUGAUCGAGGGGGGUUGGCUAGAGAUCCCCGACCUCACAGCAGAGGUAGAAAAGACUGUGUCCCAGCAGGCCCUCCAGCAGCUGGGGAAGGAGAUGAGAGGGAAGGGGAUUCCUGUCCCACCUUGUUUAUCUCAUCCUCUCGGCCUACCAGCUCUGCAGUCAAGACCCUUUAACGAUCAGCCUCUAACCAGUGAUAAUGACCUUGACCCUCUGUGGAGGCAGCAGAAUGUAGAAAGCCCUCUAAGAUCUUCUCUGUCUAAAAACAGGAGCCUGAGCUACAGUGAUUCAGUCCUUCACAAACUUGGACCACAGCAGCACCAUUUAGGAAAUUUGAAGAGCAACAAACCAAUCAACUGCCUGAUCAAACAUUCCUUGUCUCACAGCAGCCUUGCAACUUGUAAACCCCCCAGAUUUUGUGAAAUCUCUUAUCAGGACAUUAUCAGCAGCCUUCAGGACCCAUAUACAGAAGCAAAGCAAGACACUGAGUCUCUCUUUUUUAAAACGCAGCUAUAUAAGAGGCAACAGAGUUUGUGUUUACAUCUGUCAGAGCAGGGACGAAAAUCCUACUGUAACGCCACACUGCCAGCCUUAUUGCCCAAGAGCAAACAGGUAACCAGUGAAGAGCAGCCAGACGUAGACGUGUCAGCGAGUGGAGCAGAGAAAGGGAAUGUAACAGAGAUUCCCUUCAUCACCCUCCAGUCUGACGUUUCUCCAGAGAGCAGACGCCUGCUGGUGGCCAAAGUUUUAGCCAUGGAACUGACAGACAAAGGUCUUACCUCCAAGGUCUCAAUGUGGCAGACAGAGCUGAACUCCAGAGAGGGGGCGUGGGAGAGGCUGUGCAUGGAGAGAGAUCCUCUGGUCCUCGCCAGUCUGAUGUGGUCUUGGCUGGAGCAGCUCAAGGAUCCAGUCAUCAGCAGUGAGGAUAUAAAAGGUCUCAGUAGGAAGAACAUAGACCCACAGAAUGCCCUUGACUCACUGGAAAAGGGUCACCGGCUCACUUUGCUCUGUAUCCUCGACUGUGCUGCUCAUCUCCUGCCGAUGCCUGAAGAGGUGGAGACUAGCUUUCUCAACCAAACGAUAAAAGUGUUUACUAAGAUUGACCUUGCCUCGGAGAAGAAUGAGUCUUUAUACAUGACACUGAAAGCAAUCCUGACUCCCAUUCUUCAUGAGCUGCGUGACAAAGCUCUGGACGAGUCCUGAUCCAGCAUCCACAUCAUCAGUCUGACAAGAGGAAGAAUCACAAAAGGGCAUUACUGUAUUUUAAGCCAGUUCCUUGCAUCAGAUUCUGCUGCGGUCUACCAGUGUUUUUGUCUUUCAAGAUUUAAGAUUUCUAAUAUGAAGGUUUAGGAUUUUUUCGUUCUUUGAAGCGCUUAAUAGACUCAAAGCACUGCCAUUUUCUAUGUUAAUGUGCCACCAUGCUCUGUUUGAAACCAUUGUUUGUCAUCUGUUCUACUUCGAUAUUUGUGAGGAAUUUAAUGUUGCUUUUAUUAUGUUCCUAUUAUGUAAUGAUAUUUAAAUGUGUAAGUCAGCUGUCAAAGCUAUUGGGGAGUGUGGGUCUUGUUUAAGCCAAAAUGUUUUUACACUGUGCGGAUGCUUCAAUGUGUCUUAUUUAUUCAGAUCUUCUUGUUUGAAAUGCAGAAAUUAGUUUAACUAUAACCAGAUGACAAGUUGCAAGAUUGGUUUGUUCCUGUAGAAUGUAAACUGUUUUCUUAGUCUAAUGCAAACUGUGGCUAAUGUUAUGGCAAUGCAAACUCAACAAGUCACACUGCAUUUGCUUUCUCAAUCAAUUUUAUGUCUGUGUGCACCAAAAACCUCACUGUACUGUUCUAUUGUACAUGCAUUUGUAAAACAUCGAUCUGCCUCCACUCUUGCAUUUAGCAAAAUGCUCUCAGCCUCAACUGAAAUGACCACUGUCUGCACUCGUGUGUGUGUGUGUGUGUGUGUGUGUGUGUGUGUGUGUGUGCGUGUGCGCGUGCGUGCAUGUUUCUCUAUGGUUGUGGGGGCAGAUUUUGGUUUGAAAGCAUUGUUGUGUGGACAUUUUGGCCGGUCCUCACACUGGUUGAGGAUUAAGACUUGGUUUUAGAGUUCAGAUUAGAUUUAGGUUAGGGUUAAGGUAAGGGUUGGGGUUAGGCAUUUAUUUGUGAUGGUUAAGGUUAGAGUAAGGGGCAAUUACAACUAAUGUAAGACGUGUGUGUCAUAGCCUACUUUUGGGGACAAAUUCAGUAAAGGCUAAUUAAUUGGGGACCAAAGCAGUGUUCCCAAUUUGGAAAAAGCUUUUUUUUUUUUUUUUUUUUUUUUUUUUGUGUCAGUGGUUAAGGUUAGGGUUAGGCAAGUAAUGGUUAUGGUUAGGGUAGGUUUCCAGGAAAUGAAUGCAAGUCUGUGUAAUGUUCCCAAAUGUCAGGGGCCGCCUCUCACCUAACAGAUCUCAUGCAGUAUAUGGAAACAAUGUAAUGUAGAUCUGCUGACAAAUGCUGAAUGUGGAACACUAAUGAUAAUAAUAUGAAGGACAUGAGACAUUUUGUGGGGAAUCUUCAAUAAGUACUAUUUUUUUUCUUUGUUACAGUGGGCUACUUCUUACAGAAUUAAACACAACUGACUGCAG